AGACAGGAAGUUGGUGGAUAUGCUGUAUACGCAGCUUUAAAGAAAAACAACUGAACGUGGUGACAUUUUUUUUUCUAAAAGUACUUUUGUAGACAUGAAAGAAGACAAAGAAAAUACUCGACCGAAAGACAAGAGGGUGGAAAUAAAGGGUGAAGAUGGAGAAAAGAUGGAAAAGUGUAAAGAAAAGAAAGAAGCCAUGACAAAGAUCGUAAUCAGGCGAUUGCCUCCAAGUCUGACAAAGGAGGAGCUGGAGGAGCAGCUGCAACCUCUGCCAGAUCUGGACUACAUUGAGUUUUUCUCCAACGACACCAGUCUUUACCCCCACUUGUUUGCAAGGGCUUACAUCAACUUCAAAAAUCCAGAGGACAUUGUUCUCUUCAGAGAUCGCUUUGACGGAUAUGUUUUCAUUGACAACAGAGGUCAGGAAUUUCCUGCCGUUGUAGAGUUUGCGCCAUUUCAGAAAACAGCCAAAAAGAGAAGUAAGAAAAAGGAUGCAAAGUGUGGAACUAUCACUGAAGAUCCUGAUUACAAGAAGUUCCUGGAAUAUUAUAACGGUGAUGAAGAAAAGUUGUCCUCAACACCUGAGACCCUGCUGGAGGAGAUCGAAGCGAGAUCAAAAGAACUUGUUGCGAAGAAAACCACUCCUCUACUAGACUUCCUGAAAAACAAACAGAGAAUCAGAGAGGAAAAGAAAGAAGAACGCCGAAGGAGAGAGCUCGAGCGAAAGCGUCUCCGAGAUGAGGAGCGACGGAAGUGGAGGGAUGAGGAGAGGAGAAAGCGAAAGGAGGCGGAGAAGAUGAAGAGGCUGGAUAAACCCCUAGAGAAGGACAAAGAGCAAGCAAAGGAAGAACCAAAAAUAAAGGUGAUUUGGGAUGAGGUUACAUUUCUUUUUAACGUUUACAGAAUUGAGGGUAACGUAAUGUUAUUUUUCUUUCUUCAGUUGCUAAAGAAAACAGACAGAGCUGACGAUACCGAUCCUGAGAAACCGAAGGAAAAGGUGAAGAAAACCGAGAAGCACAAUAAAGAGGAGAGGUGUUCAGGAGGUUUGGAUCAUAAGAGACGACAGAGUGGGGAAAAUAAGGAGGAGAGAGCGAGGAAAACCGACGACGACGGGAGAAAAGAGUUCAGAGAGCGCAAUGCAGAACGAGAUAAGGAUCGGGAAAGAGAGAAGGAACGGCGGCUGAAGGAGAAGGAGCGACUCCGGCGACAGGAUGAAGAGCGGCGAAGACGGCGAGAACGUCAAGACGGAGAGAACUCGUGCAGAAAGAGGGAGGAAGACGUCAAGAAGGAGAAGAAGCACGUGAUAAUGGAGAGAAGAAAUGGCGAAGAUUCCACUCCCGGGGAAAAGUUUGUCAGUGACAACAGGAAAGAGGAGGGAAGCAAAAGAGAACGACUGAGAAACAAAGACCGACCUGCUAUUCAGCUGUACCAGCCUGGGGCCAGGAGCCGCAAUCGAGGAGGAGGAGAAGCAGGUGCAGGAGGAAGGGGAGGAGGACGAGGAGCUGGUGAAGGAGGAGGAGGAGGAGGCAGCGGUGACAACAAUGCUUCCAAAAGCAAACCGGACGCUGAGAUGAAAAAAGUGUCUGACAAAGGAGUCGUCUGAGGCGUUGUUUGUUAUGGAUUGUAUUGAGUUUAUUAAAAGGUAAAGAGAAAUAUCCCGAAAGGCUCAGAGCGGUGGAGCGACGCCUCAGAUGAGAGCAACAACUGCUGUAGCUACAGAACACGUAACAGGCUGAUGUGAUGCCGGAGCCUCCAAGUGCCUGAAAUUGACCUUCACUGUCUCUUAUUUAUUAGAAGAGGUCAUGGUAUCCUUAGAAGUUUGGCUGUAGGCCAUAGCAAGUGAAACACAAACAUCAAUGGACAUAAUUUUACUCCUUAUUUCAAAGUGUUGACUCUUUAAACACCACAUGUCGUAUCCCUCGGCCACAUUUCUGCCACCAGGAAAUACAAGGACUAUAAUAUAUUUUCUUAAAAUUAAUUAUUUCUUGUUCACAGGAUCCUUGUGUGUUAAUAAUGUAGUGAAAGACCAGGGAAGAUAAGACAAAAUAAAAAAAAAAAGUUAUUGUUUUGUGUAUGAUACACUAUCAAUCUAAAAUGUUUCUCAAGUAAAAUUAGAGGAAGUCCUGGUUCCUUUAGCGGCACUCUGCAUAGUUCCUGGUUCCUGGUACUGGUGUGUGAGGUAGUGCACAUAGUUUUUUGGGUUUUUUUUAUGCCAAAAAUGUAGUUUUCGGCAUGAUUUCCUUUUCUCUUUUCAAUUUAAAUGGAUUCACACGUUGUUUGAGGAGAUAAAGCCAUGCUCCGACUCUGAUGCGAGACACCUGUGCCUACAUUAAAACAACAACAGUGGAGGGUUUCUUUUUGUAUAGUCUAAUCUGAAAAUAACAGAAUUCCUAUUCCUUUUUAUAAAAAGAGCUCGAUCAUGUUUCAUUUUUCACUCAGACUUACUGUAGCUCAAAAAUGAUGUUGAGAUUUUGUUUGUUACAUUAUUUUCGCCAUUAAACGUCUUUCCCCCCCAA